AUGGAGCGAAUAAUCAAACGCGAACUGAUGCGGUUUUUAGAGCAAAAUCAUCUUCUGUGCGAUGCACAGCACGGCUUCUGCAGAGGGAGGUCCUGCUUGACCAAUCUACUCUACUGUCUUGAACAGUGGACCCGAGCGAUUGAUGAAGGAAACGUUGUGCAUGUGGCCUACAUAGACUUCAAGAAGGCCUUUGACAGCGUGCCACACCAACGUCUCCUAUACAAAUUCAGCCGCAUAGGGGUAAGAGGCAAGCUUUUGAAGUGGAUUGAAAACUUUUUGGUCGGUCGGUCCCAGACUGUUCGUCCUGGUGGCCAGCAAUCGGCAGAGGUGACGGUUACGAGCGGAGUACCUCAGGGCUCCGUUCUUGGCCCUAUCCUCUUCCUCAUCUAUAUUGAUGACUGUAUCCAUGUAUUGGACUGCAAGAUUGCCAUGUUUGCUGACGAUAUAAAGCUUUGGACCGUCAUCCGCAACGAGGACGAUGAAGAAAAUUUACAGGCAAACUUAGACCGACUCGAAAAAUGGUCAGGCCACUGGCUCCUCCCAUUUAAUGUUAUCAAAUGCAACAUUCUGAGGAUUGGCAGAACCAGCUCUGCGCACCGGCAGACGUACUAUCUAAAUCACACACCGCUGCCACUGGUAGAGGUUCAGAAAGACCUAGGGGUGUGGAUAACAUCUUCACUAAAGCCAUCAUUCCACUGCUUGAAAGCAGCGAAAUCCGCAAUGUCCGGCUUAUAUCUCAUUAAGCGUGCAUUUGCCAAGUUCGAUGAAGAGUGCUUCCGCAAGGUCUUCGGGAUGUUUGUGCGCCCACAGUUCGAAUUUGCCAUUCAGGCCUGGAGACGCUGGACUGUUAAGGAUCGUACCACCCUCGAAAAAGUCCAACGACGGGCAACCAAGCUUGUCAGAGGUCAUAAAAACCUACCUUACGAAACCAGACUUUCAAAUCUUAACCUCUUUCCCCUGGACUACAGACAACUCCGUGGCGACUUAAUUCAAACGUUUAGAAUGUUACGGGGUCAGGACUGCUGCCUCGCAUCCGGCGACGUCUUUGAGCUGGCCACCACUACUAGCUUGAGAGGACACCCUUUGAAACUACGUGUGACAGGAGCGAGACUGGACGCAAGGAGGUCCUUCUUCAGCCACAGAGUGGUAAAGGCAUGGAACGCCCUGCCUAAGGAUGUCGUCAUGUCCUCAUCCGUGGACUCAUUUAAGAGAAAGCUUGACCAGUACAGGGAUAUGUACCUCCACAGCAUCAGAAACUAA